CAGGAAAUUUUACACCACACCACCACACACAUCACAUCGCCCCUGCUGUGGAGACUUAACUCUUUUCGUGCCGGUUUGGAGGACAUCAACCCGACAUCGGUGUUUUGAACUGUGCUGUACGCUGCAGGUGUUUUUAUUACAUCGAAUAAUUCAAUCACACAUCUAAAGAGGGGAAUGGCUGAUCGGAACAUGGUUGGGUAGACCCUUUCAGAGCCCGAGUUUGGAGUCAGACGGUCUGUUACACACAGACCCCCUUCCCUUUCCCCUUGGUUUCGCAAAGCUGCUAUGGCGUCCGGAUACGGAGCCAGCAGAACCCUUCGUAAAAAUGAUGUGAACUACAAACAUUUCCGAAUGAUCAACGAACAGCAAGUCGAGGACAUUACAAUUGACUUCUUUUAUAGACCUCACACCAUCACCCUGUUGACAUGCACAGUGCUGAGUUUGAUGUACUUCGCCUUCACAAGGGAUGACGGUAAUCAGGAUCGUAACUUGUGGAUCGGCCUCAUCGUGGUGGUGUCCUUCUUCCUGGUCAUCAGCGUUCUCGCCUUCCCCAACGGUCCUUUCACCAGACCUCAUCCGGCGAUAUGGCGUAUUGUAUUUGGUCUGAGCGUGCUGUAUUUCCACUUCCUGGUUCUGCUGAUCUUCCUGAACUGGGAGCAGGUCAAACAGCUGAUGUACUGGUUCGACCCGAACCUGCGAUACGCAGCCAGAGAAGCAGACAUUAUGGAGUAUGCUGUGAACUGUCAUGUGAUCACGUGGGAGCGAAUCAUGAGCCACUUUGACAUCUUUGCCUUCAGCCACUUCUGGGGGUGGGGCAUGAAGGCACUCCUUAUAAGGUCAUACGGCCUCUGCUGGACCAUCAGCAUUACAUGGGAAUUAACAGAGCUGUUCUUCAUGCACCUGCUGCCUAACUUUGCCGAGUGCUGGUGGGAUCAGGUCAUCUUGGACAUCCUGCUCUGUAACGGCGGCGGCAUCUGGAUGGGGAUGACCGUCUGCAGAUCGCUCGAGAUGCGCACAUACCACUGGGCCAGCAUCAAAGAUAUCCACAGCACCACUGGUAAGAUUAAGAGGGCAGUGCUGCAGUUCACGCCGGCCAGCUGGACCUACGUGCGAUGGCUCGACCCCAAGUCCUCAUUCCAGCGCGUCGCAGGAGUCUACCUGUUCAUGAUCAUAUGGCAGUUGACGGAGUUGAAUACCUUCUUCCUGAAGCAUAUCUUCGUCUUCCCAGCACACCACCCUCUCACCUGCUGUCGAAUUCUCUUCAUAGGCAUCAUCACCGCUCCCACAGUCAGACAGUACUAUGCCUACCUGACAGACACUCAGUGCAAGAGGGUGGGAACGCAGUGCUGGGUCUUCGGAGCGAUUGCGUUCCUGGAGGCCUUGGCGUGUGUCAAGUUCGGGCAGGAUCUCUUCUCCCAGACGCAAGUCCUCUACGUCUUCCUCUGGUUACUCUGCGUGGCCUUCAUCACCUUCGUGUGUCUGUAUGGGAUGGUUUGGUACGCGGAGAACUACGGCCCCAGAGACAAGAGUUUCUCGGAGUGUGAGGGCGAGGACAGCGGCUACACAGAGGCAGAUGACUGGCCAUCAGAAUACUCCAAAGGGGAGUUUGAGGGUGAUGGCUGCUCCACGACGUUGCGUCAGCGUUCUCCCGGCUCCCCAAGCAGCUGCAACAAGAACCUCAACGGGGUGGAGAAGUAACACACACACACACACACACACACACUCCCGUGCCGAGGAGGAGGAGAGGAGCAGGAGGAGAAGAGAAGAGACCGAGGAGAGGAGAGGAGAGAAGAGGAGAGGAGAGGAGCAGCAGGAGGAGAAGAGAAGAGACCGAGGAGAGGAGAGGAGAGGAGAGGAGGAUGACGAGGAGAAGAGAAGAGAAGAGAAGAGAAGAGAAGAGAAGAGAAGAGAAGAGAAGAGAAGAGACCGGAGGAGAGGAGAGGAGAGGAGAGGAGGAUGACGAGGAGAAGAGAAGAAAAGAGAAGAGACCGGAGGAGAGGAGAGGAGAGAAGGAUGACGAGGAGAAGAGAAGAAAAGAAUUUACUGAAGUGACUCUUUGCACAUUAAUCCCACACUCACACACAUACACACACACACACACGCACACGCACACGCACACGCACACGCACACACCAUAUCAGUUCAGGAUUUUUUUAAAGUGGAAGUGAAUCCACAUCCACACACACACACACACACACACACACACACACACACACCUGAGUGUGUCUUUCACACUGCGGCACAAAUGGUCAUACACUCCUCCCACGCUAUCCUGUGUGUGUGUGUGUCUGUGUGUGCAUGGGGAUGUGUGUGUGUGUGUGUGUGUGUGUGUGUGUGUGUGUGUGUGUGUGUGUGUGUGUGUGUGUGUGUGUGUGUGUGCGCGCACGCAUGUCUCUUGUCUGCUAUGUGGGGUAUGAGAAAGAAUUGAAAAAGUGAUUUUAAUCCAGUGUGUGUGUUUGUGUGCGCGCACACACACACACACACACACACACACACGUUUCACAAUUUAAUUUCAGUGAUUUCAAUGCAGUAGUGUGUGCAUGUGUGUGUGCCUGCGGGUGUCUGAGUGAGUGAAUGUACAUACCCCAAGUUUCAGUUUAAUUUCAGAUAUUUUAAAGCAGUACUGUGUGUGUGUGUGUGUGUGUGUGUGUGUGUGUGUGUGUGUGUGUGUCUGCACGAGCUGCAUGUCCUAAAUUUCAAUGUUCUAUGCUAUUUCAAUACUGUGUGUGUGUGUGGGUGUGUGUGUGACAUUGUUUGUCUGUGUGUGACAUUGUUUGUCUGUGUGUGACUGCAUGUCCUAAAUUUCAUUGCUCCAUGCUAUUUCAAUACUGUGUGUGUGUGUGUGUGUGUGUGUGUGUGUGUGUGUGUGUGUGUGUGUGUGUGUGUGUGUCUGCACGAGCUGCAUGUCCUAAAUUUCAAUGUUCAAUACGGUGUGUGUGUGUGUGUGUGUGUGUGUGUGUGUGUGUGUGUGUGUGUGUGUGUCUGCAAGUUUAUUUUGUUACCAUGGUUACUACCAGGUGUAACAUGUGGCUGCUAUUGUUAAAUGUUUCCUUUUUUUGUCCACGUCUGCAGCUCAGUGUGUGUGUGUGUGUGUGUGUGUGUGUGUGUGUGUGUGUGUGUGUGUGUGUGUGUGUGUGUGUGUGUGUGUGUGUGUGUGUUUCUCUACUGGCUGCUGGUUUUGAAGUGUCUUGUGUCGCCACCUCCUGAAGUGUGUUAACGGUUGACUCUGUGUGUGUGUUUGUGUGUGUGUGUAUGCGUGUGUGUGUGUGUGUGUGUGUGUGUGUGUGUGUGUGUGUGUGUGUGCGCACGCGCGCGCACAUUGGUUUGUGUGUGUGCAUGCGUGUGUGCAUGCGUGUGUGUGUGUGUGUGUGAGUGCAUGUGUGUGUGUGGUGUUUUUAAGUUCAUGCUGAUGUGCCUGCAUGCGUUUUACCGGCAGUGAAGCCCCACCCCCUCGUUAAGGCUCAUUAGGCCCCGUCCCCUCGUUAAGAAGGGGCUCGUUAGGCCAUGGCCCCUCCCCCUCCCUGUGUUAAUUGGUGUUAAUUGGCUCGUUAGGCCCUGCCCCUCCCCCUUCCCGUGUUAAUUGGUGUUAAUUGUACUGAAGGUGUCUGUUGUAUUAACUGUAUUAAUUGUUUGACUCUUUUUUUCUAGAACAAACAACAGUGUUCAUCCACAAGUAUAGCCAUUACAUCACACACACACACACACACACACACACACACACACACACACACACACACACACACACACACACACACACACACACACACACACAUCACACUUCUUGUAGACUCUUAACCAGUCACUUUACCAUCAAGGAUGUACACAUCACAGUCACUCACUUGCGCGCGCACACACACACACACACACACACACACACACACACACACACACACACACACACACACACACACACACACACGCACACGCACGCACUGACACCUUGACUCCCUCCAGGUGUUCUGUGCUUAAUGUACUGAAAUGUCUGCAACUGUAUAAUACUGUUUAUCUGUUUGUUACUUUUCUCAUUCUAAACAUUUUUGGUCUAUUAAAGCACCUCUUA